AACAAAAAAACAUUGGCUUGUCCGUCGGUGGCUUUCCCCCUCUCCUAGACAGUAUGCGUUACAUCUAGCUCCCGUAACAUCAUUCUAUCCUUGUUUUUGUUCAAACGGCGUACCAGUGUACCGGUACCAGUACCAAUACCACCAUUGUCCAACCACGACGACUUCAAGUAAGUCUAGUCGCUGGACACACAUGACUCACCGUUCGUGAAUGAUAUCUUCGCACAAACUGCGCGCAGAAGCCCCCCUCCACUCAAGGCACCAACCGAUGAGCCUUCACUUUUUCGUCCCACUCUCCUUUUUCUUUGCCUCGACGAUCUAUCUGUUGGACCAACCACCAUGGAUAUCCCAUUGAACUCUCCCGUGACGAGAAUUCCCUUGCCCAGUUUUGUCCGCAGUGGCGAGGCUUGGGAAAAGCGAGCUCGUCGUCGACACAAACAACCUUUAGAUCCCAAGCAUCCCGUAGAAACGGGUCCUUCCUUCCAACGGUCCAGCAUUCCCCAUCAAGAAGAUGCCGAACGCUUUCAACAUUUGACGAGGCCUCAUGUGGAAUCUUUUGACUAUUUCCUCAACAUUGGACUAUCGCAAGGAAUCAAAGACAUUGAACCAGCUGAAUUUGAUCUCGUGUCUCCCGAGUUGGAACAAAAAGUUUCUCGCGGGGAAAUCGGAACUGACGAAUUGGUGGCGGCGCGAAAAGACGCCACCACGGUGAAAUUCUACGUGGAAAAUGUCAAGAUUGGAAGACCUACUCGACCCAGUGGAAUGGGUCGUACCGGAGGCAACAAACUACUUCCACGUGAAUGUCGUGAACGGAGUCUGAUGUACUCGGGUCCCAUCCAAGGAACGCUUUGCAUCGAUGUCAUUGAACGGCGAAAUGGACUCAUUGUCAACAAAUCAAGACGCACUUCCAAAAUCACACAGAAUAUGGGAAGUAUGCCCAUUAUGGUGGGCAGUCAAUGUUGCCACUUGUACAAUUUGAAACCCGAAGAAUUGAUCAACUAUCGAGAAGAAGCUUACGAAGCUGGCGGUUAUUUCAUUGUCAAUGGCAUUGAACGCUGUGUGCGAAUGCUACAAGUUCCUCGGCGCAAUCAUCCAACUGCCAUUCAACGCAGCAAUUACAAAAGCAGAGGGGCCACUUAUACAGAUUUGGGAGUUGCCAUUCGAUGUGCUCGUCACAAUGGAGACAUGAGUUGCGUCACAAACACUCUGCAUUACAUGACCACGGGAGCUGCAUCGCUACGGAUUACGGUCAAAAAACAAGAGUUUCUUCUACCUGUAGUUGUACUCUUGCGUGCACUCAGUGGAGGCCAUGUCACGGCCCGAGCAGCCGAUGCCGCUGCUGGAGGUGCCAACAUGGGAAUCACAGAUGAAGAAUUGUACCAUCGAAUUGUUCAGGGUGACGAGUCCAACACAUUUCUCAAGGCUCGAGCAGAAUUACUCUUGCAGGAUUGUCGGGCUCGAUAUCCCGGCUUCAAUACUCCCAGAGAAUGCUUGUCCUUACUCGGAGACCGCUUUCGAAGGGUCAGCUUGAAGGCCAACUCCACCAGCAAUGUGGACAUUGGCAAGCACAUUAUUCGACGAUACGUCCUGAUUCAUCUGGUAAAUGAUGGAGACAAGCUAGAAUGUCUCUUGCUCAUGCUGCGAAAACUCUAUGCCCUUGCUGCAGGAGAUUGUGGGGAAGACAAUGCCGAUUCUUUGCAGAACCAGGAAAUAUUGACACCUGGUCACCUGGUCAGUACAUUUGUAAAGGAAAAGUUCGAAGAAGCACUGGCAGCCAUGCGGCUGCAGAUUUCUCUAGAACUCCGGAAAGACUUUGCCAAAGUAUCCAGCAAAAUCGUCAACGUCGACCAGGUCUUUUGGAAGAGACUGAUGGACCGGGGUGGUUUGAAAGACAGUGGAGGUGGGAUUGGCAACAAAGUAAAGCAUUUCCUGUCCACGGGCAAUAUCAUUUCGACUACAGGUUUGGAUUUAAUGCAAGUAUCAGGGUACACUAUUGUGGCAGAGAGAUUGAACUUUCUGCGCUACUGUGCACACUUUCGAUCGGUGCAUAGAGGCCAGUUCUUUAUGGAAAUGAAAACCACCGCUGUCAGAAAGCUUUUGCCUGACCAGUGGGGGUAUCUGUGUCCUGUCCAUACUCCCGAUGGAGGACCCUGUGGUCUCUUGUCUCAUCUCUCCAUCAUGACAACCAUAUUGACUUAUCCUGAUAAUGCGGCGGCUCAGAGCCACAAGGAGGCAACGCCAUCAUACCGCAAGCCGACAACCACGAAAGCCAAAAGAAGUUGGACCGACGUGGACAGUCUAUUGCUAUCAUUGGGUGUUUCUCCUGUUGGAGGUGGUGGACAACAGGGCGAAGGGCGCGGCCGGGCCGUCCACAGUGACUUAGUUGUGUGUUUCAAUGGCAGAAUCAUUGGCAGCGCUCCUACUGCACUUUGCAAAAACAUUGCGACGCAUUUGCGAGAGCUCAAGGUUCAGCCCAACCCUGUCGUCCCGACGACUCUCGAAGUAGCACUCAUUCCGCCCGGCAAUGGCGCUGGUUCACCCUAUCCUGGGCUCUACUUGUUUUCUGGAGCGGCACGCCUAUCACGCCCCGUCCUGCAUCGGGCGACUGGAAGGACCGAAAUGAUUGGGCCCAUGGAGCAAGCCUUCAUGGACAUUGCUUGUCUGGACGAAGACAUCCGAGAAGGAAUCACGACCCAUCAAGAAUUGAACCCUACCAACAUGCUGAGUCUAAUUGCCAACAUGACUCCUUUCUCGGACCAGAACCAAUCACCCCGUAAUAUGUAUCAAUGUCAAAUGGGAAAACAGACCAUGGGGACACCGGCACACUCGCUACCGUAUCGAGCCGACAACAAGCUUUACCGCCUGCAAACACCACAAGCCCCUGUGGUUCAGACAGCUACCCACGGUGAAUUCAAAAUGGAUGAGUAUCCCAACGGAACGAACGCUGUCGUUGCCGUCUUGAGUUACACAGGAUUCGAUAUGGAGGAUGCCAUGAUUCUCAACAAGAGCUCUUAUGAGCGAGGCUUUGGCCACGCAUCUGUGUACAAAACCAUUGAGGUAAGCCUGAGGGAAGAAGCCAAGAUGAAGGGCAUUUCGUCGACUCCAGGUAAUGCCAGCGGAGGGCACACUUUGAGAUUUGAGAACCAUCUGAAGUAUGGAAGGGAGGACGGAACCGAAGAGUGGACGUAUCCCUCUCUGGAUGCUGAAGGGGCUCCAGUUGUUGCUUCCGCUCUCGAAGAGGGAAAUCCAAUCUACUGCAUGAUGGACACUGCCACUAAUGACAGUCACACUGGAAAGCACAAGGACAAGGAGCGGGCAUAUAUCCAAACUGUGCGGGCCGUGGGCGACGAUAAUGGAAAAGCAGCCGACAACAAGCUGUCGAUUACUCUUCGUUUCCCUCGAAAUCCUGUGAUCGGGGACAAGUUCAGCAGUCGUCACGGGCAAAAGGGAGUUCUGAGCAUCCUGUGGCCCCAAGAAGACAUGCCGUUCAGCGAAAGCGGCAUCUCGCCGGAUGUCAUCAUCAAUCCACACGCAUUUCCGAGUCGUAUGACGAUCGGUAUGUUGGUCGAAAGCAUGGCUGGGAAAGCCGGGGCUCUUCACGGCUUCUAUCAGGAUGCCACACCUUUCUCCUUCCACGAAACAAGUAGCAAGAAAGUGUCUGUCGACUACUUUGGGGAGCAGCUGCAAGCCGCUGGUUAUAAUUACUAUGGAAGCGAGCCACUCUACAGCGGCGUUUCUGGCUGUCUGAUGCAUGCAGACCUUUAUAUUGGCGUGGUAUACUACCAACGUUUGCGCCAUAUGGUUUCGGACAAGUACCAGGUACGGGCAACAGGACCCGUGGAUCAGCUAACGAGACAACCGAUCAAAGGACGGAAGAAGGGCGGGGGUAUCCGCCUUGGAGAGAUGGAGCGCGACAGUUUGCUCAGUCAUGGCGCGGCGUUCCUGUUGCACGACCGUCUGUUAAAUUGCAGUGACAAGCAUUACACGUAUGCGUGCACACGUUGUGGGGACCUGUUGCUUCCCACAACGCAACGAAAUACUCUUUCUUCAGUCGGUCAGAGCAUGUCCGAUAUUAUCAACAAGGCCAAUUUGCGGUUGUUCUGCAAGAAUCCAGCGUGCAUGGAAGCAGCAGGUUUGAAUGAAGGCGGAGCAAACUCAGGGAAGGAAGGUGGAAAUGACGACGCUGUGGAGCCAAUUAUCCUGCCCUUUGUGUACCGAUACCUGGUCAAUGAACUUGCGGCCAUGAAUAUCAAAUUGAAGCUGGAGAUUGAGUAAGACCUUGAGGUCCUUUCUGCGGAACCCCAGAUUUCCUCUCCUGUCUGGUGUCGAUCAGUUUCCGGUUGAUACAGCUGGGCAUUACUUUUUCAUUUGUAACUUUAUCGUGAAGUGAAAACAUUGUAUUGAUGCAAUCAAGUCUUUAGGAUGAAGGAGCGGGGGGUCGAAGGUGGCUCAAGUUGAAUUGCGAUUUGGAAAGAUUGAUCAUUCUGGCUCGUUCGCUCUUUGACGUGAGUUUUAGUUUUGCCUUAGCCUGGCCCCUCUAUCCAGAGCUACCUGUACAUUUUGCUAAAAUCGUAUGUACCUACGUACCUACCGUACCGGUACCGGUACGGUACUAUCUACUAGUAGCGGUAGUUAGUCUAUCGUUGGCCGAUGGGUGGGUAUUUUUAAAAACAGCUCGAAAGUCCAAAC